UCUGAUGUCGAAACUGUCGUGCCUGCGCCGGUUGCCUAGGAGGAGAGAGCCGACGAUGCAGCAGAAAUGGAAGCGGCCAUGGAUCCUCAGACCGAGGAGAAAAACGAGCUAGUUGAGGAGCAGGACAAGGAAGAGGAACGUGAGACAGGUGAUGAUAUGGAAGCUGCUGCACACACUGAAGAAAUGGAAAAGGAGGCCAUGGAUCUUCAGAACGAAGAGCAAAACAAGCUGGUUGAGGACCAGUGUCAGGAAGAUGCAGGUGGUGUGCCUGAUUUGGAAACUGCACCGACUUCCUUUGACGACGAAGAUGAUGAUACUGAAGAAAUAGAAGAGGAACGUGAGAUAGGUGAUGCCCCUGAUAUGGAAAUUGAAACUUCAAAUUGAUGUGUGCCCCGUAUUGUAUUUGAACUAUGUGUCUGACUCUGGCUGUGGCACCUGAAUUUUGUUUGCAAGCAGGUGAUGUUUCUGAUAUGGAAACUGUUGUACCUACACCAGUUUCUUCAGACGAGGGACGUGACGCUACUGCAGCAAUGCAAGAAGAGGCCGUGCAUCUUCAGAACGACGAGCAAAAGGAGCCUACUGGUUGAGGAGCAUAGCCAGGAAGAUGCAGGUCAUGUGCGUGCUAUGGAAGCUGCACAGGUUUCCUCUGACGACGAAAAUGAUGAUACUGAAGAAAUAGAA